AUGAGCACUCAUAAUUAAUCCUAUUUGUAGUUUGAAAUAGGAAAGUAGUUUGAGUUAGAUUUAGCUAACAUUAUUAAAGGAAUAGCAUUUUCAGAAAUAUCUAUAGAGAAUUUGAAAAUAAAAUCAGCCGAAGAUCCUCAUUUCGAUAUUUUUAUGGCCUGGGAAUGUAUUGAUAUCUAUAAAAAAGGUUAAAUUACACCGCCAUAGCUUUCUUUGUUUUUAGGUAAGAACCACACACCAUGCUCAGAAUACGAGUCGAUGUAUUUGAUCAAUUUGAUUUCAAAAGGCAAAGAAGUGCUUUAAGAAUAAGAAUUUAUAGAAUGGUUUUUGCCUUACACAAAUUAUAACUUAAAAGUUCUCGCAUUAAGAAGAAGAGAAAAUAAUUUGCAACUUAGACGUAUUCAUAACAUGGAUGAUAAUGUUGUUAAACAGACUUCUUAAAAGUAAGCAUCUGAAAUAUUGGGGUCUGAGCUUGGAUUUUAUAGAGAUAUUGACAAAUUAAAGCAAUAAUUUGUAAAAGAUCACUCCUAUAAUAUACAUGACAUUUUUAAGUGUAUUGAAGUUAAUGAAAAUGGCUUAUUUGAUUAUUAAGGGUUGAAGAAUUUCAUGAAGAAACUAAAUAUCCUAUUUAAUGAAGAAGAAUGCUUAGGAUUUUUUUAUAGAUGCUGUGCAAUUGAUAACCAUAAAAAGGAAAUAUCAUAUGAAGAGCUGGCUUAGAGCAUCAUUCCAAAUGAACCUUUCUUGUUCAAGGCUUACUAAAAUACAUUUAAUUCUAAUGAUAUAUAAAAAUAUAUGCUUAAAAAGGCUGGGGAUUUCAAUUUUGAUGUAACUCCUUUAUCGUUUGGGAAAAAGCCGCCCAUAGAGAAAAAAAAUAUGAUGCAGCAUUUUUAUCCAUUCAGAAAAUGCUUUGAUCCCUACUCAACUGGAAAAGUAGAAUUUAGCAGAGAUUAAGGAUAUAUGGCUGAAUUAACUCAUUAUAAUUAGACCUAUUUUAAUCCAAGCAAAGAUAAUAGUUGCAUGAUUAGAAAUAGCAAUAAAAAUGGUGGUAUUAGAACUCACGAUCACUUUUAUGAUAGAUAUUAUGCUUUAUUAUAUGAUAGAGAGAAAUCUGAGAUACUAUAUAACAAAUUAGGUAAGAAGUAUGUCUAUGAUUAAAAAAUCAAUGAUCUGAAAGAUGAUAUGUAAAAAGGUGUAUCAAUAACAUAAAGCAGAAUGCGUUCUCAUAGCUCAUAUAAUCCUAAUAGGACUAAUAUUCAUAUACAAAAGCAAAGCCAAUUUGAUCCAACUGAUAGAAUUAAUGGUAAUUUUAUAGAUCAUCCUGCCAAUAAAAAGUCCACACAACCUAAUAUGUAUACUCAAGAAAGUCUAGGAAAAGGAGGAUAUAGAGAUAACACCCCGACGAUGAGAUACGGAUAAAAGUUUAGUGAUGAUGAUUUCUGA